UUAUUUUAAAUUUUAUGGAUUAUUUUAAAUACUGUCCAUGGGAUGGAUAUCGUUUCUCAGAUAAUGAUGUCUAAUGUUUUAUUUGCAGACGACCCAAGUAUUAAUUGGCUGUAAUACAUUUCUCUUUUACUUAAGUCUUAUAUCCAAGAGGAAUAAGAAUAAAAGAAAUGGGAAAAAAUAUUGUAUGAAAAAUAACCUUAUGAUGACAAUUAUAUAGAUGAAACAUUUCUACAAAGUGUAUAAAAACAAGACAACUCUAGUCAUGGACCUGAUUACAAACAAUUAAUUAGCAAAACCUCAGAUUUAAUUUUUGCUGUCAAUUGUGUUGUAUUCUAUCUUUUAAGUUAUUUCUUAAUGCUUCAUGAUUUACUUAGUGAUUAAAUAUAACUAUACUUUUGGCUUACAGCAACUAUCACUUGUUUAAUCAUGUAUUCUGUUGUCAAAAAAUUGAAAACUUAAGAAAUUCUUAGCAAUUUUAAAAGCAUUGGAAUCUAUAUAUCUAUUUUAUUACUCUUUGCUCCUGUCAUGCAAACAGUCAAUCAAACUUAUGCUGAUAAUACUAUUUAUGUACUUACAAGUGUAGCUAUACUUAUUUACAUUUUUCUUAAGGAUUAUGACUACGAAAAAGAUUUUACAGAACUUGAUGUCUCCUAAUGGGCAUCAUUAGUAUUUUCAAGUCUACUAGCCUCAAGAUUACACAAUGAACUCUAAGUCUUUUUGAUGAUAUUUGCAUCCAACUUAUUGUUCAUAUUUGUUCCUAUACUUUAAAGAAGCAUCAAACAAAAAUACGGCUCUUUUUUUAGACUAAUCAAUUUAAUUUCCACUAUUGGACUUGGAUUAUCAUUACUAUUUUUUUCAUAUUUCUUAACUCUUCUAUUUUUUGGAUGGUAAUCACAUUCUAAAUUAUUAUUUCUAGCGUGUUUUUCAUUACUUUUGUUUCCCCUCUCCAAAUCAUUUGGUUAUAUUAAUACAAAAAGUAUCACUUUAAUAUAAAAUUUUUAGUACAAUAAGAGGACCAUGGGAUUUACCAAAUGUUAAAUAGUAUGAUUGAAAUUAAUAAUGAUUACAUAAAAUAAAACAAUUCUCAAUUUAAAAGAGAUCUUAUUAAAUCAAAAUCUUUUUAAUUGAUCUUUAUAAGUUUCUAGACUGGAGUCAAUAAAACCUUGUUAUUCCAGAAAA